AUCAGACCUUCUGCUUCUCCAUCUACAGGGCUGACAAGAGAUCCCUUCAGACUCCCCCACCCGCCACGGAAGGGGAGGGCAUCUCCACUCUGAAGAUUUAAAAAGGGACCCCUGGCCAUGUACAAAGGAGAUCUUGUGACACAUCAUCCCAAGGAAAGAAGACUGAAGGUUUGUCACCGAGAUAAGUAUGAAGGGGCUGCACAAAUCCCCGGUGUCUGCCCUGGCACUGCUCCUGGCCGCGUCCUUCGUCACCUUCUCCUGGAGCGCCCCUCAGGCUCAUUUCCAAAGGAGAAACUGGACUCCUCAGGCCAUGCUCUAUUUGAAGGGUGCACAGGGACGUCGCUUCAUCGCAGAUGAGAGCCAGAGGAAGGACCUGUAUGACAGAGUGCAGCUGGAAACACACAGCCAUAACACAAAUCCUUUAUCCCUUUCUGAAGCUGCUGUGCUGUUCCUUACUUCCUUACAGAAAGCACGGGAAGUGGAAGAAGAAAACAGUGAACACCCUGGCUACUUGACAGACAGUCUAUUAAAUUGGUGAAAUUAUUUCAAAUGCCUUUAACAUUUGUACAGCUUUGAACCUGAAAGCAUAACUUGUGUAAGUUAAGUGUUUCAUCCCUUCUCACUGAAGUUCCCAAAGGGUGAGGUGUUUUCACAUUGCAAAAUUUUGGAUGCAAAGGGAUUAAAAGGUACUAGCUCAGAUAAGGAAAGCAUCUGUAAAGUUCCUGCUUUCUUUAAAGCACUUUGUAUGUCUCAUCUGAAAUUUAAAAUACACGGCAUCAGCUCACCUGAAAAGAUAAUUAAAACUGUCUCUUUGGACAACUUCAUUAAGAAGUUUUUCAAUUGUCAUUGGGAAACCUUUUACCACCUUCCACUCAGCUGAGUAGUGAAGCUUUUUGAACCCUGAUAAAGACAGAUUCCACUACUACUUCACUGGUGGCCCUGUAGGCUGCUGAUGGUCAAUAAAUUCAGUGAGAUAUAAAAACAUUCCAGCUGUCUGUGACUGCAAAACUGGUGAUUUGUUUUUCUUUUAAAUUUUUAUUUGGCAGGUAUCAGUCAGCACAGAGAAUAGGCAGCAGCACUUAUUGCCCCAGUCCACUCCUGCAGAAAUACUCUGAAAAAUCCUACUGAGCAAGUCCCAACACAUAAAGACAGUUUGGGACAGGUCUUGCAUUAUCAAGGCCUCAUUAAAGACUGCUUUGUGAUUGUAUUUUUGUUCUUUCUUUCUGAGUUGCAGAACUGGAAUUAUGCAUAAAUCUGUUAAUUUCAUUCUGUGAUAUCAUUCUGUGCUGAUAAGGAUGUAUUAUUUAUGUAGUUCUGUGGUCUCACUGGAAAACCCUCUUCCAUUCUGAUGUAAUUAAAGAG